AUGGCUAAGCAGCUAUCCAAAGAGCAGAUGGCCGAGUUCAAGGAGGCCUUCGACAGAUUCGACAAGGACAAAGACGGUGCCAUCAACAUCCAGGAGCUGGACGCCGUGAUGCAGGAGCUGGGCCUGAACCCGUCGGAGGCCGCACUGAAGCUGCUCGUCACCAGGGUGGAUGCGGACGGGAAUGGCGUCAUCAGCUCCCAGGAGUUCCUGGCAGUGAUAGCCAAGGGGGUUCAGGCCAGAGAGGACGACCUGAGGACAGCCUUCCACGCCUUCGACCUGGAUGGCAACGGCCACAUCAGCGUGGAUGAGCUCAAGCAGGCCAUGGCCCGGCUGGAGGGGGUGUCCCAGGAGGAGCUGGUCGUCAUGAUCCGGGGGGCUGACGUGGACCAGGACGGGCAGAUGAACUACGAGGAGUUCGUGCGCGUCCUCACCCAGAAGUGA